CCGGGCGAAUGCGGGCUCGUGCUGCUGCUGCUGCUGCCGCCGCCGCCGCCGCCGCCGCCGCCGCCCGGGCCGAGUGACAAAGGAAGGAAGGAAGGAAGCGAGGAGGAGCCGACCCCGCAGCCGCUGACAGGGCUCCGGACUGGGGGCAAAGCGCGGACACUUCCUGAGCGGGACUGUGCAGAAGCGAGGGGCGGGAGGGCGGCCGCGCUGGUGCCUUGGACGGGGGAGGGGGCCCCCGAGGGACGGAAGCGGUUGCCGGGUUCCCAUGUCCCCGGCGUAUGGGGAGCAGUCGAGGAGCCGCUGCCUGGGGUCUGAAGGGAGCUGCCUCCGCCGCCGCCGCCGCCAUGGCCGCUGGAUCCAGCCGCCGCCUGCAGCUGCUCCUGGCGCAAUGAGGGGAAGAGCCGCCGCCACCGCCCGACUCUGACUGACUCGCGACUCCGCCGCCUUCCAGUUCGCCGGGCCCCCACCGUCAGCCCGCCGGAUCCUUGCCGCUGCCGGAGCCGCAGCGUUUCCCGACGCAUCUCCGAGCCACCCCUCCCUCUCCCUCCCUCCUUCCCAUCCCCCCCUUCUUUUCAAGCGUGAGACUCGUGAUCCUUCCGCCGCUUCCCUUCUUCAUUGACUCGGAAAAAAAAUCCCCGAGGAAAAUAUAAUAUUCAGAGUACUUAUUCUCAAUCCAGUAUUUGUCCCUGUUUCACGUGAUAUAUAUUUUUUAGGACCUCCCACCCAUUUCUGCCCUCCAAGGAAAAGGAGGGGAAAGAAUUGUAUUUUUUUCCCAGCCCCGGAUCGUCUAUAUGUUAAAUAUCCGUACUGAUCUGUCUUCAAGGAGAAAUACAUCGCUCGCUUUUUUAAAUAGCUGUACAAAAGGAGUGAAAAGGCAAGAGGACGAAGUCUUUUUCCUGUGGGAAAACUUAAUGCUGCAUUUAUCAUUAACCUAACACCCCCAACAUAAAAGGAAGAAAAGGAGGAAGGAAGGAAAAAAGGUGAUUCGGAAAAAAGAGUGAUCAUGUCAGGGCGGCCCAGAACCACCUCCUUUGCGGAGAGCUGCAAGCCAGUGCAGCAGCCUUCAGCUUUUGGCAGCAUGAAAGUUAGCAGAGACAAAGAUGGCAGCAAGGUAACCACAGUGGUGGCAACUCCUGGGCAGGGUCCAGACAGGCCACAAGAAGUCAGCUAUACAGACACUAAAGUGAUUGGAAAUGGGUCAUUUGGUGUGGUGUAUCAAGCCAAACUUUGUGAUUCAGGAGAACUGGUUGCCAUCAAGAAAGUAUUGCAGGACAAGAGAUUUAAGAACCGAGAGCUCCAGAUCAUGAGAAAGCUAGAUCACUGUAACAUAGUCCGAUUGCGUUAUUUCUUCUACUCAAGUGGUGAAAAGAAAGAUGAGGUCUAUCUUAAUCUGGUGCUGGACUACGUUCCGGAAACAGUCUACAGAGUUGCCAGACACUAUAGUCGAGCCAAACAGACGCUCCCUGUGAUCUAUGUCAAGUUGUAUAUGUAUCAGCUGUUCCGAAGUUUAGCCUAUAUCCAUUCCUUUGGAAUCUGCCAUCGGGAUAUUAAACCACAGAACCUCUUGUUGGAUCCUGAUACAGCUGUCUUGAAACUCUGUGACUUUGGAAGUGCAAAGCAGCUGGUCCGUGGAGAACCCAAUGUUUCGUAUAUCUGUUCUCGGUACUAUAGGGCACCAGAGUUGAUCUUUGGAGCCACUGAUUAUACCUCUAGUAUAGAUGUAUGGUCUGCAGGCUGUGUGUUGGCUGAGCUGUUGCUAGGACAGCCAAUAUUUCCAGGAGACAGUGGUGUGGAUCAAUUGGUGGAAAUAAUCAAGGUCCUGGGGACACCAACAAGGGAGCAAAUUAGAGAAAUGAACCCAAACUACACGGAAUUCAAAUUCCCUCAAAUUAAGGCACAUCCUUGGACUAAGGAUUCGUCAGGAACAGGACAUUUCACCUCAGGAGUGCGGGUCUUCCGACCCCGAACUCCACCCGAGGCGAUUGCACUUUGUAGCCGUCUGCUGGAGUAUACACCAACUGCCCGACUGACACCACUGGAAGCUUGUGCACAUUCAUUUUUUGAUGAAUUACGGGACCCAAAUGUCAAACUACCAAAUGGGCGAGACACACCUGCACUCUUCAACUUCACCACUCAAGAACUGUCAAGUAAUCCACCUCUAGCUACCAUCCUUAUUCCUCCUCAUGCUCGGAUUCAAGCAGCUGCUUCAACUCCUUCAAAUACCACAGCAGCCUCAGAUGCUAAUGCUGGAGACCGUGGACAGACCAAUAAUGCCGCUUCUGCAUCAGCUUCCGACUCCUCCUGAACAGUCCCGAGCAGCCAGCUGCACAGGAACAGCCACCAGUUUACUUGAGUGUCACUCAGCAACACUGGUCACGAUUGGAAAGAAAAUUAAAAAGAGAAAAAAAAACCUACUCAUUUUAGUGUUCAAUUUUUUUUAUUAUUAUUGUUGUUCUUAUUUAACCUUGUAAAAUAUCUAUAAAUACAAACCAGUUUCAUUGUAUUCUCACUUGAGGGAGAUCCAGGGGGUGGGAGGGGUUGUGGGGAGGGGGAAAGCGGAGCACUAGAACACACAAUCUCUCUCCCACGACAAUCUUUUUUUAUCAAAAGUCUGCUGUUGUAUACUUUAAAAACAGGACUCCUGCCUCAUGCCCCUUCCACAAAAGAAGACUUUGUUCUGUGCUGAAGUUUUUUUGAACUUUGUUUUCUUUUAAAGUCAAGUGUAAGACUUGGGUAUAGUGCACAGCUUGAAAUUGGUUGGGAGCUUAGCAGGUGUAACUCAUUGGGGACUUAAAUGUCACUUGUAAAAUUAAUCCAUAUCCUCGGGUACUUGAAGACUUGCCUUUGGCAUGUCAAUGGCAGGUGUGGCAGACAAAGGAAAUGUGUGUCGUUUGUAACCCAGGAGGUCAAUAAAGUUUGAAUCUAUAUGGGGAAAAUUCUUAAUUGAUGUCAAGGUUUUAUUUUACUCUUAAUCAGUGCUAGUAGUGAAGAAACUUCUGUAGGUAAAGAAACUUAAGCUGUCAGGGGAGAAGCGUGUGUGCUCUUUGUGUGGGUCUUUGUUUGCCUGACCAAAGGUUCUCUAUAAAACUUAGUACAGUUUUAAUCUAGUGACCUAGGAGAAGACUGAGAAGGGUGUUGAGCUGGCCACUCUGGCUGCAGAGGUCAAAAGCUGAUGAACCUGGAGGAGAAGGGUGGGCCGGGCAGAUCUCACCACUGUGAAUGAAUUUGUCCAGAUUUUAUUUUCUAAAGUUGCUUCCCUUGGAAAGAUACACUUGAGAGGACAUCGUAGU